AGCUCUUAUACAAGAACAAUGUUAGUGCAUGGGGCGCUGGAGUUUAUUCAUGGACGUAGCAAAGGGCGCCUAAGAGCUAAACCUAUUGAUCAUUGGAACACGGCUCACUGGGAGUUUGGUAUACAUGGGCAGAUCAUGCGAAACUUUUCACAAAUCCUAAAUUGUGGUUACACUAUUAGGAAAAUGAUUCACUUGGGUCUCCGUAAGUCUUGAGUGAGUGGCGGAAAUGAGUGAUUAAUUACUGUUGUCACCAAUAUAAAUCCUGUUGUGUUUUAACUUUAGUGGUGUAUCUAAUUAAAGAUUGGUGUACAAACAAAGUGUCUACAGUAUCUUAUCUUUUUCUUUGGUUCAAAAUACCGUAGAGACUUAUUAUGUGACAGCGCACUUGGGGGAAGAAAAAGGGAUCUUUAUCAGAUAUCAAGGCUGCUGUUUUAUCUUGAAAAUGUCUCCAAGCUGUGGAUAUCUUUAGCUAAUGUUUGGGGGGCCGGUUACAUAUAGUGGUUGUGCCAAGUCUGAACUUGAGAUACUAUUGUAAUCACUAACAGAAGGAGACCUCGGGAAUAUUAAACCACAACAAAAGCUGACCUCGGGACAGUGUGAACACGCCGUGGUUCGUGGGUGCAUUUUGUUGUGUGUGUCUGAAGACAAUUUCUUUCUUCUUCUCCUUUCUGUCUCCACGAGUUGGCGCAUUGUUUUAUGGGCCAGUGCGUGGUCUAUUUGAAUAAUUAAUUGCUUUCGCCAUGUGUCGAGGUACACACGAGGACAUACUACACAGCUGUGUUGUGGUGUAGGCUGUUGUUAAUUCAGGGGACAGAUUGCUAUCAGAACCCUCUAGGAUUUACACAAUAUCAGGAAACUUCACAAAAGAAAGACAACUCAUCACAAAGUUUCCGAUACAACGAUUCAGCUCAAACAUCUUAAGCUGAACAAUCAAGGAAACAUUACUGAAAACCCCAGCUUUAAAAACAAGACUUUCAAACGCAGCUACAUACGAAUAAAGGAAAAAAAAAUCUGCACUGUUAAGGCACAACUUUCAUAACGUACCAUCAACUCAAAAGAAACGACUCCAACCAACCCAGAAAACACAAACCAAGCAAACUGAAAUAAAGAAGACGAAGGGAAUUUUUCGACCUCAGCUCUUGGAGAGUUCUUGGUUCAAGGAAGACAACCCUUGAACCUCCGACUCCGCUAUUUCGUUCAUCGGCUACUAUUUGCCCAUCCUUCAGUCUGGAGCUAGUGACCACUGACGCGGGACUCGGGGAGGCCAACGGUGACCAUCUGGUUAUGUCCGAUGACUUCCUGACUCCUGUGGACAGCCCUCCAUCUAAUGAGGAAACAGACGACAGUAACUUGGCCUACAGACUAGGAACUUUGUGGGCUGGCAUGGAUCUGGACACAGUGAUUAAAUGUGAACCCAACAGCCCCCUGGGACUCAGCCGAUGCUCACAGCCCAACUUGGAGGACAGCUUCCCUAGGGACGUAUUCGCCUACGAUCCUUCCCACGACGACUACGGCUCUGACCGCUCGUAUCAGGGAGACAGUGCCGACAGCGGCAAUAUAUCCCCGUGCAGCUUAGAUAACAUUAAAAUUGACUUUUGCUCCAACUCGUUCAGUUCGGAGGCUGGUGAAGGCAGUGAUGGAGCCAAGAGACUCUGUCUAGUGUGCGGGGAUGUAGCUUCAGGAUAUCAUUAUGGUGUUUCCUCGUGCGAGGCGUGCAAAGCGUUUUUCAAAAGAACCAUCCAAGGUAACAUCGAAUACUCGUGUCCAGCCAGUGGGGAUUGUGAAAUAACCAAAAGAAGACGGAAGGCGUGUCAGGCGUGUAGGUUUCACAAAUGUCUUGGUGUAGGCAUGCUCCGUGAAGGUGUACGUCUAGACCGUGUGAGAGGGGGCAGACAAAAAUACAAGCGUAGCUCUGACUGCCAGACACAUGUACAGCCAGUCCUGCCAGUGGUCAUCAAGAAAUCCUGCAUUGAAACCACAGACAACAAAAUUUUAUCCAUGUUAUUGGCACUGGAGUCCCAAAUGGAAUGUUUACGUGCAAGCACAGAGACUGCCAUUGAUACUGAUGUGAAAUUUAUGGCUGCUGCCUCAGAUUUGGCUGACAGAGAAUUGGUCAUGACAAUUAGCUGGGCCAAACAAGUACCAGGUUUCUCUAACUUGUCUCUAGUGGACCAAAUGAUGUUACUUCAACACUCCUGGCUGGAGAUCCUAAUGCUCAGCCUGGUGUUUCGUUCCUGUCCUUACAAAGGUAACAUAUGCUUUGCCGAGGACCUUCAGAUCUCUGAAGAAAUGGUAGAGACACUCAGCUUUCCAACAGAGCUAGACUUGUUGUUGCGUAAACUCUGUAAAAAAUUCACUCAUCUUGGUGUGACAAAAGAAGAGUUUGUUCUUCUUAAAGCUAUUACACUUUGUAAUAUAGAUGUUAUAGCAGAGCUUGGGGAAUGUGUUUCCCACCUCCAGGACCAGCUCCAGGAUUCUCUUUCUGACUGUGUUAAAUCUGUCUUUGGUCCAAACACGCGCCGCCUUGGCCAGCUAUUUCUUUUAUUGCCGUCCAUCACACACAUUAAACUACUGGCCAAACAGUUCUGGUAUGACAUGAAGAAAGAUGGUCGUGUCAUGAUGCACAAGCUGUUCUUGGAAAUGUUGGAUGCUGACUCCUGAGGGCAAGUCAACAUUAGAGAAAGUCUUCAUUUGAUGCUUACUUUUUCCCCUCAUCCUGGUGAGUGCAGGAAUGUACAUAUUCAUCAUCUAAAGAAAAUGUGACCAGAACAAAACAAAGACUGACACUAGAAGCGAGUGACCAGCUGCCUGGUUCCUACUAGGUAGAGCAAGUCACUAAGAAAUGCUUCGCUCUUCAUGGCUAAUGUGAGUUAAGUAAUUUACUAAAUGAAGCCAUCAUCCUGCACCAAACUGUUAGACAGACCUUUUUUUUUUUUUUUUUCAGUUUUUUUGUAGUCUUUUUAACUGCAUUUUUUUUUAAAAUACAUUAAUAAAUUGAAUGGUGCACAAAAUUUGAAUAACAUUUGAAAAUUUUUUUUUUUUUUUUUUUUACUUUUUAAAAAAAAUAUUUUCUUUGUCCAUCUUUAUUUGGACUAGUUUGUUAAUGGUACUGCCACAGCCUGUAUGAAUAUGUAUGUAUUAAUUGAACAUGCAACUCAGGUCUGACAGUUGUUGAGAUUAAUUUAUACUUGAUGUUUAUCUCUAAGUAAUUGCUCUGUGAAUGCUUAGGAUAAAGAUCAAGUUGAUUUCAAAUAAAAUAUUUUUUUUUUCUAACUUUGCUGGGGAAGAAUUUUAUAUUUUAUCACAUUAUUUAAAAACAUGUCUCAUGUUUAUCUGUGUAUACAAGUUCAAUAAGUGGCAUGUCAGCGCUUAUUUGAUUUGUAUCUUGAUGCAUUUCUGGAAACUUGAAGAAAGUGUUAGACAACAUACACAGGUAUGCUAGUGAUGGUAUAUCAUCAAAUCUAUCAGGCUUUAUCUCACAACAAGUAGUAGUUUGGAAUGAGUGAAGUCCGCUACCUGUUGAAAGCUGUACGUUAUAGCCUAUCUUUGGCUAAUACAUCUAUUUUCUAACCUUCUUUUAAAUGAAUUUAAAAAAUAAGACAUACAAAAGAUGCUACAAAUUUGUUUCAGAAUUGUUUUUAGGAAUUGCUUUAUGGUACCGGGUAUAGUUCUGUUCUGGGCUGUUUAAUAUGGCAAUUUUCGACAUAGUGGCUACGUUUUGUCAGUGAGUUAAAAAUUUCUAUAUUUCUGCGAAACAAAACACUUUUGUAUUUAAACUCUGACAUUAAGACACAGACUAUGGAUAAUGACAUUAAGUUAAGUCAGACACUAAACUGAGAAUAUGAAUUUGUAACACACUUGCCAUCCUAGAAACAUUUUUUUAUUCCUGUGUCCAUCCCCUACACCUGACAUAAUAUAGAUGAUGAAUGUGCACAGCGAUGUGACCGAAUUCGCUCGCUUGAUCCCUUUUUUUUUUUUUUUUUUUUCAAAGAACGUAUUGGUUCGGCACAGCACUUUUCUCAUGCAUAAAACUCCAGCUGACCUCAAAAUAAUAUAUUUUAUUUUAAAUAAUUUAUAUAUAUAUAUAUAUAUAUGAAAAACAAGACUUUUCUGAAUGAAUAAAUGAAUAGUAUCUUGGCGAGGGGAAACUAGUCCACUCAGACCACUUUGUUUUAUUUUGAUCUAGACUGUUGAUAUUGCAGUGUAUGCACACAUGUAUAUAGGCUUGUGGACUAGCGGAGUGUAUACCUCUAUAUAAUCAGAGCAAUUUACUCUUGUCUUUUCUGAAUCAUCUUUUACAUCAAUACACAUCAAGUGAAAAUCAAUUUGAUUGGUCAUACAGAAAAUUUAAAAAAAAAAAAAAAAUUGAGAAGAAAAAAAAAUAUUUAAAAAAAUUUAAAAAAAAUUAAAAAAAAAAUUAACAAAAAAAAAAGUUAAAAAAUAAAUAAAUACAUUAAAAAAAAAAAAGAAAAAAAAAUGUGAUGAAAAUGCUACUAAAAGCUAUUUAUGUGUGUAAGAUUGAAUGAAAGAUGACCUACAAUGUGGUCAUCAAGAAAAGAAGUCAACUUGUGACUGAAUGGAAUGAUGCUAUUCCUAUUCAAAGAGAAUGCUUGCUGUACUGGUUGUUUAUUGUUUGGGGGACAAAUGUUUCUCUUUGCAUGUUGGCCAAUAAUACUUUCCAAUUUGGUUUUAAAAUUGAAAGUGGAACGCAUGCAUUAAUUUAAAAAAAUUAAUUGCAUGCUGACUUUAAAAAAAAAAAAAAUUAAAAAAAAAAUAAGCAAAAAAAAAAAAUAAGCAAAAAAAAAACAAAACAAUAAUAAUAAAUAUGUCUAAAAGUGUUUGCAUGUUAUAUUCAAUGUAUUGGCUUACUUUAGGGAGCGGUGUAUGUCUUACUGACAUAGUCUCAUCCCGUAUAGCCCAGCUUUGUACAUAUGUACAGACUCACCACCCUUGUUGAUGUCAUCUACUUUCACCAUUUGCCUUAUCUCCAGUCAUGAGAGAAACACGUAAUUUAACCAAUGAGCCAUUCCUUCUCCUGGUCACUUCCUUCUGUGGUCUCCUGGUCACUUCCUUCUGUGAUCUCCUGGUUUGCCAGGCACCAGAUGGACAAACAGUACAGUACAGCUUAAAGUCCUAGGGUUUUCCUUGGGGUUUUUUUGGUGUGUGCCAUAUGACUUUCUUCUGCUCAUGUCCUGCAAUGUGAUGAUGGUGUCAGCCACCAGGUAAUGGAGGAAGCUGACUUGUCAUUUAUCUACAAGAUUCUCAUCAAUGCACAGAUUUGUAAAUACUAUAAAUAGCGUUGAUCUUAAUAUAUAGAAAUGAAUCCACCAUCAUGCCACCACCACCACCCAACCCCCAAAUUGUUUGUUGUCACAGUUGAUAAUGUUCAAUGCAAACAAACUUAGUGGUCUAGUUUCCCUCAGACUAAACAACUAAAGGGCUUUCUUGUCACACAAAAUAAUCAGCUCCCAUGAUGUUGUGUUAUUUUUUUUGGGCUGGUUUUGAACGAAGUGUUAAGUUUUUUUCAGUAUUGUACACAUUUUCAUCUAAUCUAUUGCCAAACCAUGUGAUGCUUCGUUCAAAUCCAUCCUGUACAUAUAUUCAUAUUGUGUUACUAGACGUGUGUUGUUUUCUAUUUAUUGAGUAGAGACUACUAUUUGUGGAUACUAGUAUAUUUAGUUGAUAUUGUCACUAGGUAAUAGCUUGCAGUGUAGAGUUAUUAGAUAUAUCAGAUGUGGGGUGUACAUACAAAUAUGUGGUUCAAUACCACAGUCAUUCUUUUUAUGUUGACAUCAGAUCAAUUAAUCAUGAUUUUUUGUGUUUUUUUUGUCUUGGCACUUUUGUAGGCAGUCUACUUUCAGUGCUAACAAUUUGCAAUUCUUUUUGCUUUUAUCUAAAGAAAAAAUGACAGAUUAAAGUCCAGGUAGAGAAUUCUGUUCAGUUUCCAAGUUGUGUAUUCCACCCAUGAGAAACAAAUAUUAAACCUUUCAUUGGCUUCAAUGUUUUGUCCUGUCUGAUUCAGCUUUGUGUGUCACUAGCUGGUUGCCCAAAACCCAUUCAACUUAUUUAAAACAAAAAUAAAAGGCAGCAAAUAAUUUCAUCUUUUUUUUUUUCUUCCACUGUUUCAUGUUCAGUUUCAUUGACAGAAACUUUGUCCCAGCGUUGGCUUGAUCAACUACAUAUUUAGAGUAAGCUACCUAACAAGUAGAUUUGUUUUUAUUUGCCUCUCUCUUCCAUUGAAUCAAACUAAACUUAUGGCCAAAAUGUGCUCAACAGUAGUAUCCAAGCAAUGCAAGGUCAAAUCUACUAUCUGUGAUAAUACAUCCAAGUCAAUUUUGGCCAUUGUAUUUGUACUGUAUUCACUGCCCUGGUAGUCUAAAUUCAACUUGAAUGCUGUUAUUCAUUGGUCACAUCCCAAAUCUGUUCAUCUUUUUAGUUCAUUUUUGAAACUGUUCUAAUAAUCCUUCAAUUGAAAAGGUAAAGCAUGAGGUUUUCCAAAUGACUCCACAGAAACUAAAAAUGGAAAGAAGGCCAUCUUUGACUAUGCUCAACUUUGUUCCAGUGGAAAUAUUAGCCGACUGUCUCAAAAAUAUUGUCAGAUAGCUGAGGUACACAAUGUGCAUUUGUAGAAUUACAUUCAUAACAUGGCAUUUACAUAAUAUGUUAGCUUUUGAUGAAGUGUAAUUGAAGUUCGAGUCACAGUCAAGUAGUACCAACAUUGGGACCAGAGUUUAAACAAUGAAAAAAGCCCUACUUAAUAUGAACACAUUUUUUUAAAAUGGUAAAGAUAAACAUUUUUAGCUUAUAAACAUUUUCAUUUUUUUGGGUGCAGUAGUUUCAACACACAUUUGAACAUAAUACUAUUCAGCCAAAGUGGUUCAUAUCAGUUUUAUUAUGUAAUGCUACCGGUACAUAGACUUGUGUACUUUUGGUUAAUACUGUUAUAAUCGACUAUAUAUGAAGAUAGUUUUUGAUGUGAAAGUAAUGUUUCAAUUGUGAAAGUAAUGCUGGCAUUUUGUUUAAGAAUGAUGUUGAGUGUGACUGUAGAGAAAGUAAUGAUGUUGUCAUGGCUGUACUAAUCAAAGUAUGUGGAUAACUCUGUACAUCAGUAACUAUCAUUGAUUGAGGAACCUGUGAUGUGGAUGUGUUUGUGAGCUAAGUGAUGACUAUCCUAGACACUGCAGUGCCCAUACCAGCCAAUGUAUGUUGUAGAUCAAAACAGUUCAGUUCAUAUGCAGGCAGUUUCUAAAACUUGUCUUUAUUCUAUUUACUCAGGAACUUGUAUUCACCCUCUUUUCCCCAUUAGCUUGCUCUUCUUCUCUCUUCCAUUUGGUUCUAACACAGAUGUCCUUUUUAUGUUUGUUUUUUUAUUGAUGAUUACAAUCUAAUGUGAGCUAAAUCUUUAUUUUAUUUUAUUGAUCUAUUGUUGUUAUUUUUUUAAUUUUAAAUAAUAGAAUUCAAGUGUUGUUGUUUUUUUUCUUUAUGCUUGGCGAGUUUUAUUUUUUUAAUUUUUUUAUCAACAAGUUAAGGCUUGUCAAAAGUUUUGCAAAGAAAAGUUGACUGAAUAGAUGUUGGUCUAACUGAAGAGUGAACAAGUUUCUUUAAUGCUAUCAUUAAUAGUUUUGUCUGUUUCAAUGAUGGACAUUGUAUAAUUAUUAUUUUUUUAGACAAUAUUGUUGUGAACAUAUGAAAUGCUGCUAACUUUUCUAUAUCUUUCCAUUUUUUUUUCUAGUUUUAUUGGAUCAAACUUUGUGUUUAGUGGGGCAGAGAAAAUGGAGAAAUCCUAUAAGUUCUAUGUAGAUAGCUUGUGUAGUCAUUCUCGCAUUCCAAAAUAAAUUGAAGUUUUGGCCUUUUUUUUUUUUUUUUUUUUUUUUAAAUAUAUUUUUCAAAACAAAGUUGUCAAUGUUAUUUAUAAAUAAAUGCAAAGACAAUGGGGUUAAAUUGAAUUAAUUUAUUGUUAUAUUUUCAUUCAUUUUUUGUGUGUCUAUUUAUAGUUUGAAAAAUUUGUACUCAAUUUUCUGGUUGCCAUUUUAGAUUCUGUCUGAUUGAAAUUGAUCUUGUUAAUUAUUUCAUGAUAAAAGUGGAAGAAAAAACAGUCAUGAUAUAUGGAGAUGAGAUGUCCACCAUUGUUAGUCACCUGUAUUAGUAUUUACUUCUCAUUUACCUGAAUGAAACUAAUAAAUGUAAAGCCUGCUAUUAGUAGGUUAGUUGUGGAGCAUUUUUUCUUGCUUGGUGCAGCUAAAUGUUACAAAAUUUUUUUGGGGGGAGUGGGGGGGUGCUUGUUUAAUUUUUUUUAUAAAAAUAAUAAGCUAAAAAAUGUUGAAUUGUAUUCUUUUAAUCAUCUAAUAUGUUUGACAACCUAAAUUAUCUGAAUUUGUUUGUUUUUUAACCCCCCAAAAUAUAGGAUUUUUAAAUGACAAUUUUCUUAUCAAUCUGAAGUCUAUCAUCAUUUCAUCCAAUGCAGCGAUUUGCAAUGACUUUUUGUGCACUACUAUUUUGCAUGUGUGUGUCUUUGUAUUUCUCUAUAGUCUUCCCAGUGCAUUAGACUCAAUACUGAUCAAUCAAAUACUCAUGCAAUCAUUGUUAAGGUAGGAGCUGACAUUCUUCCAUCAGAAUGUAGGGCUUCACUGUGGUAUAAAGUUGAUCAAAUUGCAUUUGAUAGGAAGCUAUUUAUAGUUCAUGAGCUCAUCACACACUGCUAAUCAUUCUCUACAAAUUGCAGAGUUUUGCAUUUAAUAGAAAUAAUGAUAACAUCAAUUUAAACCCAUUUUUUUUUACGUUGUUCCAAACUUCAUAUCUUUUGAUCUAAUGUGUAUGUAGCAGGCAGCAGCAUCACCUUCAUCUUGUGUGACUUCUCAUGGUCAACUACAAUCUCUCCACAUAUCACUAUGUUCACUGCUUCUGUCUGAGGAAACUACUGGAGUUCUAGUUCGUCCCACAAACCCACUAGUUAACCAGAAUUGAACACAUGACAUCAAGGUAUAACAACAGAAAUGAACAAGUCUCCCCUUUCAUCCCUUCACUGGUGCAGUUCUAUGCAAAUAAAGUCACAGCUCGACUUAGUAAAUAGCUUUCAACUGGCCAUGCUUUUCCUGCCUACCCUUACUGCUUAGUACAAGUAGGACUGUCACCAAGAACAUUCUGUGAUGCUGUUCACUGGAAACUUUAGAACAAGGAUUUAAAAAAAAAAUGAAUAGACUGAAAUUUUAGGGACAUACAACUUUAUGACGUCUGGAAUCUGGGAAUCCAGGUCCAAAGAUUUUGUGUUUACACUACAAAGAUUUUCAUGAAUAUCAUUAUGAAGUCAUCCUUACAUUUGAUCAAUGCCUUAAAGAAAUGUGUGUUUUAUUUCUCCUGGACAACUGUGAUAUUGGUUCAUUUUCUCACACACUUCAUUCUAAUGUUCAAACAUUUCAGUAGCAAACAUUUGAACAUCUGUUGUUGUUUUUUUUUUUUGUUUUUUUUUUUCUGUUAACUUGAAGAAAUGUUGAAAUGAUACUAAUGUUCAUGUUUGCUUCAAUCUGUUAAUAGUGAACAUUUUUAAGGCCUUGUGUUUUGUUUGACAUGGCCAAUUAGUUGAAUGAUGACACUUGAAAAGACAGCAAAUUGGAAAUGGACAAAUAAUUAUAAAUCCAAAGGAACCCUUCAUACUGACUUGUGUUAAAACAAAGGUUGAUUUGGAAGUAUAUCUCUACCACUUGUUCAUGGCAGACUGUGAUUCUAUGUCAAGUGUCAAAGAGCACUGAUGAGGUUUCAUUAAAAAAUGGAAGUUUUGUUUUUUUAAUAGGUCAAUCACCAGGUCACAAAAUCAGAAUGUAGUGGUUUGACUCCAAAUAGCACAAAUCAUUAGGGAUCCAUGUAUUCAUGUUCAUCUUUUUUUUUUUUUAAUUCUUUUUUUUUUUUUGAGAUUUUAUUUGAAUUGUGUGUGUGUUUACAUCACUAGCUCUAGAGGCAGUCAGCACUAGUUUGGGUAAGUCCAUACACUGGACCCAUGAUGUUUUUAAGUCUGCAGAUAAUGGAAAAUCAUUAUUUAGUUUAAGGCUGCCUUUAGUAGGUCCUAGUGAGUGUACAAUUUGUGUCAGAACUUAUUAGUUUGUAGUGCAACAACUAAUGUAGUAGACUUAGUUAAUGGUGUAAGUGAUGCACAGCUUCAAUCUACAAUCUUUGAUUUAGAGCAGGCUCAUUUUAGACAGCCCCCAUACAAAUGCAUGGUUUAUGUUCGAUUCUCCCGAGAGAAUUGAAACAAUGUUUUUAUUUUUGGCUAUCAAAUUUUAAAUUCAUUUUCUCAACAAAAUAAAAUGUAAUUUUUUAUCAAAAUUGAGUAUCAAUGUUCUUCAAUGUUAAAUGACCCACUAAUUAACUUUCCUGAAGUAGAUUAUUUGACAAACCAAAAUGUUAAAUGCUCAAAGUGUAGACAUUGCUAUCCAAGUAGGUGAACAUCAAUUGGCUCUAAAACUUUGUGAGUGUUCUACUGUUGUGAUCAAUGUUUUUGUUACUUAGACAAGAUUCUAGUUUCCACACUACAAGAAACUAGUGAGUCCAUGCAGCUAGGAACAUUCUUUGUAAAGUGAUGAAAGUAUUCAUGCUGUGGUACACUUGUGCCACUGUAUCUCAGAGGAAGAUAUUCAAUCACACAAACUAUUGAAACUAAUUUUUAAGUUUAUUCUAUUUACAGAUGAUAUACUUUUUGUUUUUACACUGUUGACGAUUUAUAAUUUGAAGUGUAAGGUGCCAACAAUGGAGACGUUGUGUAUUUCUAUUUCAAUAGACUCUGAGCAACACAUGCAAAUCUGUACACUAUGAUCUAUCUAUACUGCAUAGCGAGAGACACUUAGUUGUCUUCCCUUGUUGUGUUAUUAUUGAAGACAGUCUUUGAUUUUCUGACAUUGUAAUUUGUUGUUUUGUGCCCUUACCAAUUAGAAUUUCGGCAAUGACCUUUAAGUUGUUAGUCAAGGUCGCCAGUACAAGUAAAUAAAUGCCACUUUUGUUUUGUUCUUAGUCUCACUGUUGUUUUAGGGUUUGCUAUUUAGAUCUAAAAACCGACUAGAGAAGUUUGAUUCCAAUAAAGUGUGAUAUCAUCUCAA